CCCUCUUCCGGGGGCAAGUACACGCAGAAGCUGACAGGACCUCAGUCAGAGCCGGCGUGUGAGUGUGCGGGACUCGCUAGAGGAGUACAGUGAGAACGCAAUUCGGGAUCCAUGGCUUCCAGGCGCAUGAACCUCACCAAUAUCUGCUUUCUGCUGCUGUAUGUCGCCGCGGCUGUGCUAGCGGGGCGUGAUUUCUACCAGAUUUUGGGGGUUUCAAGAUCAGCUUCCAUCAAGGACAUUAAAAAGGCUUACAGGAAACUGGCAAUGCAGUUACACCCCGACCGAAACCCCGACGACCCCAAAGCACAGGACAAAUUCCAAGACCUCGGGGCCGCCUAUGAGGUAAACCGAGAUGAAGAGUACAGGGUAACCGAGUGGGUGUUAUCCCUGGCUGGGGCGCAGACCCUGGCGGCGGGGGUUCAACAGUAUUUCAUUCACUCCGAUUUGCGCAUCUUUGGAGACUUUGGGUUCAUGUUUGGCGGUAACCCACGGCAACAGGAUAGGAACAUCCCUAGAGGAAAUGACAUCGUAGUUGAUCUAGAGGUCACCCUGGAAGAAGUAUAUUCUGGGAAUUUUGUGGAAGUGGUUCGGAAUAAGCCUGUCGCUAAAGAGGCCUCAGGAAAAAGGAAAUGCAACUGCCGACAGGAAAUGAGGACGACGCAGCUGGGGCCCGGCCGCUUCCAAAUGACCCAGGAAGUGGUUUGCGAUGAGUGUCCCAAUGUCAAGCUAGUGAACGAGGAGCGCACUCUGGAGGUAGAGAUUGAGCAAGGGGUCCGAGACGAGAUGGAGUACCCCUUCAUUGGGGAAGGUGAACCGCACAUAGAUGGGGAGCCAGGAGACCUGAGGUUCAAGAUUAAAGUGAUGAAGCACCCCAUUUUCGAGAGGAGGGGAGACGAUCUCUACACAAAUGUGACAAUCUCGUUGGAGGAGGCUUUGGUGGGAUUUGAAAUGGAUAUUGCACACCUGGACGGACACAAGGUGCACAUCAUCCGGGACAAGAUCACAAAGCCAGGCGCUAAGCUGUGGAAGAAAGGAGAGGGCCUGCCCAACUUCGACAACAACAACAUCCGCGGCUCACUGAUCAUCAGCUUCGACGUGGAGUUCCCACGCGAGCAGCUGUCCGAGCAGCAGAGGAAGGGUAUCCGAGAGCUGCUGAAACAGGAGUCGAUACAGAAGGUUUACAACGGGCUGCAAGGCUACUGACCCCAAGCAAAAGGGACUUUAUAAAACAAAAAGAAACAUGCAUUCUGGGGUUGUAUUUAUUAUCAUCAAUCUGUGUAUUUUUGUUUUUUAAACGUUUUGAAAGUUUUUUUUUUUUGAGAAAUGGAAGUCCUGUUUUCUUAAAAUCUUGACAUUUUGUAAAGGGUUGGGGGUAGUUUAGAUAGGGGAGGUUGAAGAAUAUUUGAACCCUUUUAAAAAUGGAACUGGAAGGUGCAGGUGUUACUCACUGGCCUCUGAAGCCCAGCUCUGGUCCACAUGCCCCCCCCCCCCCCCCC